AACUACGUACAGCUCGAGAAGCUGGGAGAAGGGACUUAUGCGACUGUUUACAAGGGCAGAUCACGGACCAAUGGCGACAUUGUAGCGCUCAAGGAGAUCCACCUGGAUGCGGAGGAGGGGACACCUAGUACCGCUAUCCGAGAAAUCAGUCUCAUGAAGGAGCUCCGCCAUGUCAACAUUGUCAGACUACACGAUGUAAUUCACACCGAGACCAAGCUUGUCCUGAUCUUUGAGUUCUGCGAGAUGGAUCUGAAGAAGUUCAUGGAUCUGCAUGGGGACAGGGGAGCUCUGGACCUGAAUACCGUCCGCAGCUUUACGCUUCAACUACUCGAAGGUAUCGAGUUCUGUCAUGACAACCGUGUACUCCACCGUGACCUCAAACCUCAGAACCUGCUCAUCAAUCGAAGGUGCGAGCUCAAGAUUGGGGACUUUGGUCUGGCUAGGGCGUUUGGGGUGCCGGUCAACACUUUCUCGAACGAGGUCGUCACGCUCUGGUACCGAGCCCCAGACGUGCUGCUCGGGUCCAGAACAUACAGUACCAGCAUUGACAUCUGGUCUGUCGGCUGCAUUAUGGCAGAGAUGAUCACCGGCUACCCAUUGUUCCGUGGUCGAGACAAUCAGGAUCAAUUGAUCCAGAUUAUGAAGAUUGUGGGGACGCCGAGCGACGCUACUCUGGCUCAAAUACGCAUGAACUCUCCGGAAAUCCAGAUCAAGACCCCGCUGGCAAAGCAUGCUAAGCAGCCUUUGCAGACCAUCAUUCCCAAAGCACCUCGAGAUGCCAUCAACCUCAUUGAACACCUUCUCCAGUUCGAGCCUACCCGCCGACUAGACGCUCACCAAGCCAAAGUCCACUCAUACUUCACCUCGACC